AUCCGGAAGUUAAAUUGAGCUACGAUUUUUUCCCAUCGAGAUAUCUCAAUUUUUCUGCUCCAAAAAGUGAAAAAUUGGCGAUAAUUUGGUACAGAUAUGGUCCAAAUUCCGGAUGAAAUUAUUCACUAAUUCAUAUUCACCGAAAUUUUACGUUAGAAGCACAUCUUGUUCCGGUUAAACAAGAAACAAAAAAAAUUUUGACGGUAAAUUUAUGGGUACACCCAGCGAAAUUGAUUCUGGACUAGUCCCCACUGUUCCUACGGAAAAACAGAGUCAGAAUUGACCUCGCCGAGUGUACACUGUGGUAUUUGAUCGCUGGGAGUCGUACAUACGUAAUUUUUUGCGGUUACCUAAGAUAUCCAAGAAAUACAUUAGGGUAGGUCGCUAAGUGGAUCAAAGGGUUUUUUGCCGAUGCACGUACUUCGCACAUCAUAAAAUUAAUUGAAUUAUAGAUAAGGAGGUGUGAAAGGAGUCAACAGGUGGUGCCGACAAAUCGUUUCACACCUCCCUACAAUAGAACAAAAAAAAGCCCAAAAAUGGAUGUUCACACCUCGAUACCUAUUAAAAUACCAUAAAUAUGUCUGCGAAUUCUUUGACGUGCCGGCAUCACAAUGCCCCAACACGUGCUAUCCAAAUUCAUUGAACAAGCAACGCAGGGUUGCUAGUAUGCAGAAGAGCGGUCGCUCUCGAAAUGAAAAUUAUCCCGCUGCACUUAUAGUUUACGAGAAUUUUUUCGACUGCGAGAGAGUCUCAAGAGUCGGUUUAGCGAAAUGCGCAACCGGAUGGCGAAGAAAGUAACUAAUUUGCGAGGGCUUGAACACGGCGCGCCAACUUCGAAACUCCCUUUAAAUUUCUCUAUCCUGAUCUGCAAAUACGUUUUCCAUCAUAUCUCGCGAAAGAAUAAUCGGAUUUUGACGAAUUUGGGCUCGUUCGAUUCGUAUCUGAACAGCAAAUAUUUUCAAUUGCCUAACAAGAAUCAAUUUUCAAAAGCAUGCUCGAAAUCUACAAAUUACGCUCCACCGGUGUUGACUCUGAACCCUAGAAUCGAAAAGAAGCGAAGUUUAUUUUUCUCUUAAUUUUGAAAUACAUAUGUAAUAAUUACAGCACGUGUUAUAUACAAGUUUGUUAGCUCAUUAUUCUGCACCAUUCUAGUUAUUUCAUUUCGUUGCAACUGUUGUAAGAAAAAAAAAAAAAACUCCAACUUUUAUAUUCGCCGUAUAAUCACCAGUUAUCAUUGAGUAUACAAACCCUCACGUAUUCAUGAAAUACUUUGAACGUUUUCAGUUUAUUAGGCCAGGUAAAGAGUUGCGCUUCGUAUCUCGAGACUUAUCUCCAUCCAAUGAACGAUUCAUUCGCGUUGCGACGUUAGCGCGCCGCGAGUUGUUUCUCGUUGAAUAUCAACUAAGAGAUCAGUCUUAAUAUUUGUCCGUUUAUUCAGUAGAACGUUGUUACAAUAAUCUGCACACCCUUUUUUUUCCCUCUCCAACUGCAAUUGCAGAAAAUAUUACACGAGAAUAAUCGUUGGGCAUGCACGUGGUUUGCGCAUUGUGUUGUACAACGCCUUAGUUCGUUAUCUUCUAUGAGUCAAUGAAAUAGAUAAACUAUAAUAUUGUUAGACAGUCUCACGGAUAUGUGAGUUACGUUAUACGGUAAAUAUUUUCCAACGGCAAUUACGGAUAGUGGAAUCAGUUUUUCAACGCCUCGAAUGUGCUCCAUUGUCACAUUUAGGGCAUUGAAAAAAAAAAAAAAAGGAAGUUUCCCAAGUGUCUCUGGAAUUUAAUUCAGUCUCAUAAUUAGUUUUGUAAAAAUAAAGGUACGCGGAGAGCGUAACAUGAAAUACUUGUUAAUAAAUGCUACUGCAACUCUUGGAAGAAAUGUUGACGCUGAUUGGUGGCUUAGCUGUCGCCUACUUCAUCUACGCAUUCUUCACGAAGGGAAAUGAUAAACCGGCCACGGAUACGCCAACCAUGGCGCAUUCCGCCUUACGCGAAUUGGUGGAACGCGCCGUGGACGAAGCAAGAAAAUUACCGGGGCUCGGGGCUUCGAAUGCUACCAGAACUGACGAGCAAACGGAUAUUUCCGAUCAAACCUACGAGGACCUUCUCGCAACCGCUAUACUGAACAAGGUGAUAGAAAAAUACCAAAAUGAACGUGUUGAUAACAAUAGUAAUACGGUUGAUGAGAAUAAGACUUCCUCACGACCGAAAUACAUCAGCAGCGAAAUUGAGGUGGGACUUGACGAAGGCGUCGAAGAAGGUAGUAGCAGCCUGGAACCGCUGUCUCAGGACGAGUACAGCAGCGAUUGCAGCGCGCCAGCUUCAAAAUAUUCUUUGAAUCGUCAAGAACCAAUGUCGCUGACUAUUGAGGAACACAUCGAGGAAGUGACAACCACCUACACGUCCGACGAGGAAGAGGAAGAGACACUCGAGACGAACGGGCUGGACUUUAGAAACUCUCAUCGUGUGCCGUUCCCUGAAUUCGGAAUGGACAUUAUAGAUCCUUCGCAAGAAUCGUCGGAGGAAACCCAGGACGAGGCGACAACGCCGACUCAUGUCGAUCUAGUCACACCGGUGGAAUCUUGGGAGGAAAAUUGGCUUUUCCAAAAGAAGAAAAUGCAAGCUCAGUCCGAGCCUGUGGCCAUGCUGGUUCCGAAUCCUAGCGAAGACUUUAGGCCGCUGAUCGGAGACCGGGAAGCAGAUGACACGUCCGAUCUUUCGGACUGUUCGGCACAAUCCGACGAGGAAAUUGAGGAGGAACUUCUUGAGGCUAUAAAUAACGUAAUACCCAAGAUUCCCGGAAGCCCGGAAUCGUACGAUGCUUCUCCUUCUUUUAUUAAUAAAGAAAUUACGGAGUUAGAAAAUCAGAUUGAAAACGACGUAACUAAAAUCAAGGGAAACGAUGGCUUGGAAAAACUGCCACCCAUCACUCUUGGUAAAGAUCAUUUUGUAGAGAAUCCGUUGAUUCAUCUCGAAGUCGAUCGAACUUCCGGCGAUGGGAUAACGAUCGUUCACAGUAAUGGAUACAAUGAAGAGGAGAAUGAAAAUCAACCUCCGAAGACACCUGAAUUUAAAUUAGGCAUAGAAGAUAUGCUCGUGUUUAACGUUAGCGCGGACAGAAUAGCGGAGCCUCCGCUUAAAGUGGACAAUACGAAGGACUCUUUAAAAUUUAUACAGGAAGAAAAAUUAUCGAUUAAUUCCACUUUGCCAGGUGAAAAAAUUGGAGACGGCGAAGUCGAAGAAUCGAAAUGUUCAUUUGCGCCUGCAAGACAAGAAGUUGUGGAGAAAAAUGAGCGACAGGUUGAAGAGGACAUUCUUUCUAUCGACAAGAGCGAAUUGAAUUCUUCGUCGAAGGAUAUCGUAGAUUUUCCACUGCAGGCUGUCGAAUCACGAAUCGAAGAGUGCGAUAACAACGUAAAAAAAGAAAUUCAAUUACCACAGUUAACGAGGGACGUAAAAUUACCUGUACCGGAAGCGGAUAUCAGCGUACAAGAAUUACCGCAGCUAACCAAGGAUUUCAAAUUACUUGUAAAUGACGAAGAGGUGAUUAAGCUAACGGGAAUACAGCAAGAGUUGGAAAAGUCCGUCAACGAAAUUGACUCAAGUUUGAAAAAAGUGUCCGAAUCACCAGACGUGACAACAGACUUGAAAUUAUCUCCGGAUGAAUCUAAUGGAAAAGUAGAAGAUCCAGUCCCAUUGCCACGAGUAACAAGAGACUUCAAAAUACCCGUAGAUGAGGGAACAAUAACCGUCGAAAAUAAUGUAGAACAAGUAACGGAAAUCAUAUCGGAAACCGUUGCUGACGAAAUAGAAGUUUGUAAACUGGAGCAAAAUAAUUUGCAAGGUCGUUUGGAAGACGUUAAAAACGCUGUGGCCGAAUCGGUGAACAAACUCGAUAUACCGGCUGAUCAGGUGGAAGCGGAAGGUUCGGUAGCAAUUCUGAAAGAUUUUGGGAUUGAUAACUCGGUUACAAACCAGGUCGCUGACCUUGAUGACGAUAUCUAUGCAGAAGAGCUACCAAGGACUCCGCGGUCGUCUCUUACAAGUUCAUCCGCUCCAAUAUUGGACAGCGGUGCUUCCGAAACCGGAAUUCAAACCGACCUCCGUUCAUUAGAAGAAAAACUGGUCUCCGUAGAAACUAGAAUUGACAGUGAGCCCGACUCCUUUGCAAAUAAAUCCAACGAAGACGCUCAAAUCGCAGAAGAAGUUCUGAGUUCCUUGAGCACGCUUGACAAUAUCCUCACCGGUGAAGAAUUGAACGACAUUGUCGAAGCGCGUCUCAUAUACGUGGAGACUUCGGGAAAUGAAAAUUCUUACACAGUGAACUCGCAUCAAGAAGACGGCGCACAGCAGGAGAGCGAAUACACCGAACAUUACGAUACGGCGACCCAGAGGCACUUGGACAGUUUAACCAGAUCUGGAAAAAGCAAGGAACUCAAAGACAUCCAGCUUUCGGACGUCGACCGUCUAGAAGAUAUUCCGCCCCCGAUACCCUCAACUCCACCCCCGAUCGCUAGGCUCAGGCAGUGCCGCGAGGCUGCGGCUUUGGCCGAAGUCGAGGACGUCGAAAAACCCAUUACAGCUGAACGGAAACGAGUGGAAGUCGAUCUGUUUCUCGCAACUCCACCGCGACCAGGAACCAUCGCCGAGCGAGAACACAAAAAGUGGGAAAACGCUGCACCGAUUGAAAACAAUCCUUACAGCGAGGAAAAUAUCCAGAAGCGGCUUCUACAGCGACAAUACACGCGGAUAACGUCAUCGGAAACUUCGUCUGGGGAUAACGCCGAAGUAACAAAGAUGGAGGGAAAUUCUCUUCAAGUUGUCCUUGGUGCGGGUCAACCGGAUGUGAAAAGGUACGGAAGAGACUACUACAUCAACGACUCUAAGAAGGCGAAUGGAGAACUUGCGCGAAGAUCUACAUUGUUGAACGCCUUGAGACGUAACAGCUCCCUGUCCCAGAACUCCGGCUCGUAUGACGAAGAUACCGAACCGCAGGUGAGUUAUGGACUUGACAGAUUCGAGGAGGCAUCCCUGCGGGGCAGCCUUCAUAGACGGAGCUUUGGAGGGCAGAAUUCAAGCCCUCACUUCGUAAUCAACCCUCUGCUACACUUGCAACGUGGCGACGAACGCGAAAGCGAAUUAAACGACCGCUGCGUUUCCGAUUGCGUAACGAACGAAAAUCAAUGUAACGCGAGAUCCGUUGAUCGGAUUAACUCUCCAAAAACGAUGGAAAAAAACAUCGUUAAUUUGGAAUCUAGAAAUAGAUCGGUCGUAAAAACUACCGAGCCGCCUUCCAGGGCUGUAGAUCCGCGAUCGAAGAUUAUCGUGGACGAAAAAUCGGGAUGCAAAUACGUGAUCAAUCCUCUCAACGUAUGUUACUACAUCGGAGGACCGGAUGAGGAUAUAUCUAACGUACAAAGUCGUGAAAAAGAUUACUUGGAGGUGUCUGAAGGGGAUGAUUUAAUGGUCGAAAAGGGAGAUCUGAGGCUUAAACUUCUCGACGACAAGGGAGAACUGGUGGAUUUGGAGCCUGAAAAUUUUAAAAGACUUUUCAAAGCCGGCGACGAUGAAGAGAAAUUUGCAGUCAAUCCUCUCUACAAUUUGCACGAUGGAUUCCGGAGUGGGAAUCAAGAAGGGAUUUCUAAUUUCGUUGAUCGGGAUUCAGGGAUGUACUCGAUAGACUCAAAUGUCGCCACAGAGAUAGAUAAGCCCAGGAUAAGUGUAUAUCGUUGCGAUGAAGCUCCGAAAAGAUUGUCCGUAGAUGAGUCGAAAAAGCCCAAGGAAUCCCAAAUGAUUUUGAUUAACGGUAAAAAGUAUUCAAAUCUUGGAGGAUUCAAGUCUAACACUUUUGGCGGAAUAAAGAGAAGACGUUUCGAGCUAAAUAAUUUCGAUGACGAGUCUGACGAGACGGAUUCACACGACGAGGAGACGUUUGAGUGGCCAGACAAUUAUUCGAAUUUUGGCAGUUUGAAGUGUCAAACCUUUGGUGGUAUCAAGGAACGAACGAAAUUUGACGGUAAAAAUAUUCUGAAUCAUCAGAAAAUAAAAUUACGCCCAGCUCUCUCGUUCAAAGAAGCUAAAGAGGUCAACAAUAUCCAGAAAGCGACAUCAUUGAAGGACAGGGACUCUAACUGGGAUAUGUUUGAAACUCGUAGCAACCCGAGUUACAGAAAAUUCAAGGAUGUUAAGUCAAGUUUGAAGAAGAAAAAAUCUCUCUGCGAAGCUACCGCGAGGGAACAAACAGUCGAGGAUAGAAACAUAGGCGAUGAAAGCUUGAUGGCUAGUUUUUUGAGAGACGCUAUUAUGCGGCCAAAAUCCCGACUUUCGACUGAUAACGAUUCGGUUUAUUCAUUGGAUACCAGUUACCGAAAAUCACAGAGUAGAAAGUCAUCAAAGCCGCGGUAUUUAACGAGCCAAAAUUCCCUGAGAUUACAGCCUCCCGUUUCCCCGGAAGUUGUACAAAAAAGCUUCGAAACUCUAGCUGGUAUUCGACGGCGAGGAAGUCUUAAGGACGAUGAAAUCAGUUUUCAUAGUAGUAAUAGCAGACGUAGAAGAAUCCCUGACGAUAUUUCUAUAUGGUGAUAAUGAAAAUUCGGGUUACGUGGUGACAUAAAACAAAUAGAAAUAUAUUCGUUCUGGGAAAGAUGAAAAACGUAGAGUAGUUGGUGGACAAGAUUGAUAAGUAGCAGUGAAACGCACAAUCGGUAUUUUGUAAAAAAAUCUUCCUAUAAUAUUAGAGUCCUGCGAUUAGUAGAAAAUGUUUAUUAUAUAUCAAUUCUUAAACAUUACAAACUCCUGCGGUCUUUAUCUAAUGCAUGACGGUUAAAAAUCUGAUUUUUCAAAAUUCAUCAACUGAGUUAAUUUUCGCCUUUAUACUUCACAGUCUCACCUAUUUCUACGCUCAUUUACACAGAAAAUUACAUCACACAUGUUGAAACAAUUCUGUCCUCCUUCAUUUCGUACAUAUCUGUAAAUGCUUAGAUAUACCCUAUAGCUAAAUAGGUAUCCUUCGAUAUAUAAAAAAAAUAAAAAUGUUAUACUAUUCUUCUUUAAA